CCGUCAUCGAGCCUCGAAACUGGAAAGCAGGACCGUUCCGUUUCCCAACCCACCCGGUUGAGAUCUUGGAAGAUCAAGUCACAAUUCGCCGGCCAGCCCCCUUCCCACAAACCAAUUCAUUCGAAACCAUGUUGUCGGCCGGCAGCCGGGCGUUCUCGGCGCUCGCCCGCCCGACACUCCGGAAUGCGACGACUCCCGCCUUCGCCAGGUCCCCCGCGGCUUUGCGUCGCCUACUCUCGGCCCUCGCCAUCCUCGAGCAGCGGGACGGCCAGCUCAACACCGGUUCGCUAAGCGCCAUCAGCGCUGCCCAGAAACUCGGAGGUUCCGUUCACGGCUUCCUUGCCGGCAGCAACAUCAAGCCCGUGGCCGCGGAGGCAGCCAAGGUCGAGGGCGUCGAGAAGAUCGUGGCGGUGGAAAACGGCGCAUACGACAGGGGACUGCCAGAGAACUACGCCCCGCUGCUCGUCGAGAACAUCAAGAAGGGCGGCUACACGCACGUCAUUGCGGGCAACACGGCCUUUGGCAAGAAUGUCAUGCCCCGCGUGGCGGCCCUGCUCGACUCCCAGCAGAUCUCGGAUAUCACGGCCAUUGAGAACGACAAGACGUUUGUGCGCCCCAUCUACGCGGGCAACGCCAUUGCCACGGUCGAGUCCUCGGAUGCGAUCAAGGUGAUUACCGUGCGCGGCACCGCAUUCCCCGCGGCGGCCAUCGCGGGCGGUUCCGCUGCCGUCGAGGACGGCGUCGACCCCAAGGCGGAGAGCGCGGCGGAGUGGGUGUCGGAAGACCUGGCCAAGUCGGACCGGCCGGACCUAGCGACGGCAAGCAGGGUUGUUUCGGGCGGGCGGGGGUUAAAGUCGAAGGAGGAAUUUGACAGGGUUAUGUUGCCCCUGGCCGACUCGCUCGGCGCUGCGGUCGGUGCGUCCCGCGCGGCGGUCGACAGCGGGUAUGCGGACAACAGCUUGCAGGUCGGGCAGACGGGCAAGGUGGUUGCGCCGGAGCUGUACAUGGCUGUGGGUAUCUCGGGUGCGAUCCAGCAUCUGGCAGGUAUGAAGGACAGCAAGGUGAUUGCGGCCAUCAACAAGGAUGCGGACGCGCCGAUCUUCCAGGUGGCGGAUGUCGGGCUCGUGGGGGAUCUGUUUGACAAGGUACCCGAGCUGACGGAGAAGCUGAACAAGGCGUAGACGUUACAGUUAUAGUUACAAAAAUGUACAAAUAUCUACUCGA